UCACGAGGAAGAGGUUAAAGAAGAAAACCAGAAGAAAGAAAAAUAGCUGCAGAAACAAUAAAAAAAUAGUUUGAAGCUGAAGUCACAGACAGAAGAUUAAACCAUUUAAACUUAUUUUUAUUCACUAAAAGUUUUUAAGCCGUUUUUGGAGAUGGAGAGUGUGCGAGCUGUCGUCUACAUGUCCGUCGUCUUGUCUGUGAUGACAUCAGUCUGUCAGGGUCAAAGGUCGCCAGAAGAUCAGCUGCCGCCGGCACCGGAGGAGCCUGCCUUCGGACUCACAACCAACCAGCUGGCUGAAGCACUAAAGGGUUUCUUGGAUGAAGCUGACAGCAGAAUGGGUCUCUCUGUGGAGAAGAAAGCCAGCGUGAUCCCUCGGUGUGACGUCGGCGAGCGGUGUGCGAUGAAACACGGCCCUCGGAUCGGCCGACUCUGCGACUGCCUGAGAGGAACGGCCUGCAACACCUUCUUCCUGCGCUGCUAUUAAACACCCACACAGAUUUAUCUUUACACUUGUGAGGAGGCAACCUCAAACGUUUCACCCCAAGCAUCGUGUUUAAACUCUGUAAACGGACCGCACCAAAUGUUCCCACGAGGAUAAAGAUAACUUAUGAAGUCCUGACUGUGUCUCUGGAUGUCUGACUUUCUUUUCAAGUCUGUGUUUGUCCUUCAGAUUCGUUUAUUUUUAUUAAUAAAGAUUCUUCAUAAAGCUGCAUGACUCCACUGACGUCAUGAUUUACAGACAAGCUCAACGUGAACUGUUGAAGAUUGGAGUUAAAUUUAUCUGAGGAGCGUCUCAUCAGAUAAAUUUAUUUAUUUUACACACAUUACUGUUUGUUUUUAGACCUGAAAAACAGCUUUGGACACAAUCCCACCUGUAAUCCUCAAACUGUUUGUUUUUUUAAUGUUUGUCAGAAAUCAUUAAAAAGUGAAAAAUAAAGUUUAUGUUGAGAGUAA